UUGGGCUGUACUCUCUUUUGAGGGUACGCAAAUGUUAUAAUAUAUGUAAUUGUUAAAAAUGUUCUUUGCGCGUGAAAUUCACACAAAGUAGUUAAUAGAGAACGUAUGACCUUAAAAGAAACACGCAGGAAAAGGAAAGGAAUGGGGGAGCCGUCUUUUAUUUUCUCUUUUUUAGAGACGAAAAAUUAGACAAGAGUAAAAAUCUUUCCUCUUUUUUAAUUAAAAAAAUUUUCUAAAUUUUUUUAUUGAUUUUUAUGAAUAAUUUUUUCCCUCAUUUUUUAGAUUAAAUUAAAUUAAAAUAUUAAUCAUCCCUUUAAAUAAAAAAAUGGAUUGGUUAACCUCUUCAUUAAAUUAUUUAAUUCAAAUGUUUGACAUUGUCGAUAUUGCUGUAAUUUUAAUUAUAACAACAAUAGCUAUAAUUUAUUAUUUUAAUUUGCAUUCUUCGACACCUAAAAAUAGCAGUACAACUCUAACAAAUAAUUUAUCAAAUGGAUCGUUGACUAGCAAUAAAAUGGACAAAUCCUUUUUGAAUAGAAUGAGGAAUGAAAAUAGACAGAUUUUAAUUCUCUAUGGUUCCCAGACUGGAACUGGUGAGGAAUUGGCUGGACGUUUAGCAAAAGAUUUUGGACGUUUUGGCAAAAAGCCUUUAUUAAUUGACCCUGAAGAAAUCGAAGCGGAGGAUUUACCAAAAAUUACCGAAGAAUUUGAAGACCCAAUUCUUUUACUUUUUGUUGCGACAUAUGGAGAGGGUGACCCUACUGACAAUGCCCAAGCUUUACACGAAUAUUUUACAAAUAAUGAACCAGACUUGACAAAACUUAAAUAUUCCGUUUUUGGACUUGGAAAUAAAACAUAUGAGCAUUACAAUGCUGUUGGCAAAUUUUUUGAUAAAAGAUUGGAAGAACUUGGGGCUGAAAGAAUUUGUGAACUUGGAUUGGCUGAUGAUGAUGGAAAUUUGGAAGAGGAUUUUAUGCGGUGGAGGGAACAUUUCCUUUCAACAGUGUCUUCUCGUUUUGGAUGGGAUUUGGUAAAUAAUGGAAGUUUGGAUCGUCAAUAUAAACUUGAAAUAAUAAAUGAACAAAAUGGACCUAUCUUUAAAGGAGAAUUUGGGCGUAUUGGAGCUUUUGAAAAACAGCGACCGCCUUUUGACCAAAAAAAUCCAUUCCUUUCAAAAAUCUCUGUUAAUCGCGAAUUACACACAAAUCAAAGUGAACGAUCUUGUCGACAUGUAGAAUUCGAUAUUGACUCAGCUAAAGUUCGUUAUGAUGCUGGUGACCAUGUUGCUGUUUUUCCAACAAAUGAACUUGAAUUGGUUGAAAAAUUGGGAGAAUUACUUGAAGUUAAUUUGGAUACAAUAUUUAAAUUAAUUAAUCUUGACGAGGAGAGCACCAAAAAACAUCCAUUUCCUUGUCCAUGUACUUAUCGAACAGCGUUAACUCAUUAUGUUGAUAUCAAUUCACCUGUCAAAUCCCACGUUUUGAAAGCUUUGGCCGAUUUUUGUGAAAAUAAUGAGACUAAAGAACGUUUAUUGUUAUUGAGUACAGCGAGCGAGGAAGGAUUGGCUUUGUAUGCCGAUUAUAUUCUCAAAGAACGCCGUAGUAUAGUUGACAUUUUGGCUACUUUUACUGAUUGUAAACCUCCAUUAGAUCUAUUAUUAGAAAUGUUACCACGUUUACAAGCUCGUUAUUAUUCAAUUUCGUCCUCGCCAAAAUCAACAAAUUUAAAAAUUGCAAUCACCGCCCUUUUAAUUAGACACCAAAUUGAUGAAAAAAGAGUUUUCAAAGGAGUUUGUACAAAUUAUUUGUAUAAAUUGUCUGAAGGACAUUCUGUCCCAAUAUUUAUAAGAAAAUCAACUUUGAGACUUCCAAAUAAAUUGUUAACCCCAGUUGUGAUGAUUGGACCAGGAACUGGUUUUGCACCUUUUAGAGGGUUUUUGCAUGAAAGAUUGUGGCAAAAGAAGUCUGGGGGAAAAGAUAUUGGAGAAAUGCAUUUAUAUUUUGGUUGUAGACAUCCGGAACAUGACCAUAUUUAUAAAGAGGAAAUGGAGGAAUUUAUCACUUCUGGUGUUUUAACAGAAUUACAUGUUGCCUAUUCACGUUUACAAGACGAAAAAGUUUAUGUUCAAAACAAACUUUGGGAUAACCGUGAACGUAUUUGGUCUCUUAUAAAACAAGGGGCAGCUGUUUAUGUUUGUGGAGAUGCUCGUAAUAUGGCUAGAGAUGUUCAAAAUACAAUGUAUAAAAUUUUUGAACAAGUUGGGGGACUUGGAAUUGAGGAAGGUCAAAAAUUAAUGAAGGAUAUGGAACGUCAACGGUUAUAUCAAGCAGAUGUUUGGAGUUAA